CAUCUCGCCCGCCUCGACGGCUUCUCCCUACAUCUCAGAAUCCUUGGGGUUCUCUGCCUGGGGCCUGCCCACCGGUUACGCUGUCCAUUCUCCUGCCGCACCCUCAGUGGACUGUCUGCUGGCCUGGCGACCUGUAGUCACUGGUGACUCGAGCGUGCCCCCUGGCCGACUCCGAUGCCCCUCCCCCUGGCAGCUGCUGCCGAUCAAGCAUGGCCACCAUCGAGCCCCGACUUAUUCACCUCCUCAACGAGUCGACCUCAACGCCAAAACCGGGCCACGCCGAGCUGCCGCCCAUCAAAGGCCUCAACUUGCCACAGUCCUCGAGCUCAACGAGUCUCCCACAACUCGUAGAGCCCGAGGUCUCUCGCAGGCUCGAGCACAACCCAGAUCAGAAUGGGGCACAGCCCGUGCGCCACCCCCCGUAUGGUGCUGGCGAUGACGGGCAUACUGGCUCGCUGACGAGGCCGGACAGCACAGGUCAUCUCGCCGACCGUUCGCUCGUCACUCAUGUGUCCUCCCAGGACCUCCGCAUGAUCCUGGAUGACAACCCUGACCUCGCCCUUGAUGAUCUUGCCAACAAGAAGCGUCCUAACAAGGAGGACUUUGUUCAGCUGCCACAGCCGCUCAAGAAGCAGAAGGCCACUGCGCAGCAGCCGCACACAUUCCCGCCCAUCAUCGUAGGCCUUCUUGAGCCGCCGGAUCGUGCUGCUCUGCUCUCACUCCCGCCCAUCUCCUUUGAUGGCCGUCCACAAUCGGACACCCACGGAGAGGCCUCGAGCACUUCAGGUGGUCCCACUGCCGUCGAGGGCCAACCUUCCGUGGCAUCGACUGAUCAGCAAAGCCAGAGCUCAGCCCCAGACCCUGAGCGUACUCCGACUGGGAAGCCCAAACGGAAAGCCGCUAAGCCACGGCGGAAGUGGUCCGAGGAGGAGACGAAUCAUCUCCUUCUCGGAGUAAGUAAGCAUGGAGUAGGAAGGUGGACUGAUAUAAUGGAGGAUCCCGAGUACAAUUUUCAUGACCGAUCAGCUGGAGAUCUCAAAGAUCGAUUUCGCACUUGCUGCCCCGCUGAGCUGCGGGACGACCUCCUCGCGAAGAAGGCAGAUGCCACAGGCAGGGACGAUAUCUCGGGGCAGGCACUUGCUGUGCGUAAGCCCACCAAGGGGCUCAUGUCGGAGAACAUUCUGAAUCGGGAUGAUGAUGUUGAGGCCGAGCCAAGCAGCCAACCCGAGCUAGACCCUUCCGGACCCAAGCAGCGCAAGAGUCGAGCUCAUCGCAAGAAACUGGAAGAUCUGGUGGAGCUUGGCAUCAAAGGUCCGUUCAAAAAGUCUCACCGUCGUGAAAGGCGGCCCUUUUCAGAACAAGACGAUCGGGAGAUCCUCGAAGGGUUUGAACUAUAUGGUCCACAAUGGACAAAGAUCCAGCGAGAUCCGCGAUACCACCUUUCGAGCCGGCAGCCAACCGAUUUGAGAGAUCGCCUCCGCAACAAGUAUCCCGAGCGAUUUCCGGGGACCGAGAAGACGGCCUUGCACGUUAAAGGGGAUCAAUCUGCUCAGGCGAGUACUCUCGAACCAUCGGUCAACAUGACUAUCGGGAACUCGCUCAAUGCUGCGAGAUCCACCCAGAAGCCCAACCCGCAACUCGACAGAACUCAUUCAAAGGAAGAAAUACCACGGUUCUCUGCCCAUAGCAGUUUCACGGACUCGGCAGACUACAUCCCGCCAAUGAGCCACAGUGUUUGGACAGACAACCCCAUCCCCGGAUUCCACACUGGUGCGAUGGGCGAGAUGGAUAUCUCGCGUCUGCUUCUGGAUGACACCCACAGCUUUGUGGACACAUCAACAAGCGACCGCCGCGGUUUGAGUUGAUGACCUAGCCUCCCAGUAUUUACGACGUAAUGACCUUGAAUCCAUCAAAGCGCGAUCAUGUCUUUUAUACAGUAAGCGAAUCAAUCUUCGUGCUAUCCACGUCUGUGAAGGCUCAAAACAUGUGAAAGCGGCUUGGAGAUGAUUGCGUGUUCUUGUGCUUAAAGUUUGAUCGUACAGGCUCCGUCAUUUUCAACGUGGUGCCUUUUUCUGCAAUUCCGCGAGGAGAAAGUAAAUCGUGCAGUCUCGUUGCGUUCAUCUCGGUAGGGAAGUUGUCCACUCAGAUCACUAAGUGAGCAGCCGGCCCGGUAUAUGCUCCAGAGGGGCGCUUGUACUGCAGGAUCCACUCUCCCUCCUCGACCUACCGAGACCCGCUUUUCAGAGCGCAUGGACCACCUUGCCCAGAUGACUCUCCUAGCGAUUCCACUUCCUCGCACAAGAAUU